AUGGCAGAAUCAUGUCAUCUAUCACUGAUCCUACUGGUCAUCCUCACAAUCAGAGGUAAAGAAACAAUGUAUGAUACUGGGCAUAGAAAUUAUUUGGCAGAUUUCAAUCUUACCUUUAAGUACCUCCUCUUUCUCCCCUCCCACCCUCCUUCAUCUCCCACUCUCGCUCCCUCUCUACCCUUCCCUCCUCGCCCCCUAUCCUCUCCUCCCCCUCUCCUCUCCUCUGUCACUCCCCCCACCUCUCCUUCCCUCCCGCCUACCCCUACCUCACUACCUCUCUCCCCCCUCCCCUCCCACCCCACCACUCAAUUCAAUUUAAGGGCUUUGUUGUCAUGUGACAAUUUUAUUUGUCACAUGCGCCGAAUACAACAGGUGUAGACGUUACAGUGAAAUACUUACAUACAAACCUUUAACCAGCAAUGCCGUUUUAAGAAAAAAUAAGUGUUAAAUAAAAAAUAAAGAAGCAUAAAAUUAAAAUAACAAAUAAUUAAAGAGCAGCAGUAAAAUAACAGUAGUGAAGCUAUAUACAGGGGGUACCGGUACCGAGUCAAUGUGCGGGGGCACCGGUUAGUCUUGCCCCCUUACCAUCCCUCCCUCCCUCACCAUCCCUCCCUCACCAUUCCUCCCUCCCCCUCUCUUUUUAGGAGUACUGGGCCAGAGGAUCAUAGGGGGUCAGGAGGUAACACCCUACUCUAUAAAGUACCAAGCCUCCAUCCAGUACAACAAAUACCACUACUGUGGAGGGACCCUCAUACACCCUCAGUGGGUGGUGUCUGCUGCCCACUGCUGGAGACCGUGAGUUAUGCAACUUCUAUUUCACCUACAGUCUCUUCCCACAGCCACUGAGUCUGGCUAAUCUCGUCCACCAGCUGGCUCUCUCUCGAACCUACGCAGUAGCAAUUGAGCCUACGGGGUUAGAGUCUGGCAAGUGAGACUACCUCUUGUACUACACCCACUAUAUUUGGGGUUAUGAUGGGAUAGAGUAGGGCAUUUAUAAUGUAUAUUCUUCAAGAAUCAAUAGGUAUACUAUUUAUUGAAAUAACCAUUGAACAGCAGGACAUCUUACAGAGUGUGUCUUUAGAAUGAAGUGGAAUGACUCAUGCUAGUUGCCAUACUGGGUUGCUAGAUUGGAGUGCUAACCUCCUCUACUCUCCACCCCUCUCCUCUCCUCUCGAUCCACAGGGCAUACCUGAUCAAAGUGGUACUGAGUGAGCACAGCUUCUCCAGAGUGGAGGGCUUUGAGCAGGAGUUCAACGUCUCCAAUGUGCUGGUCUACUACAUGUAUAACUACAGGACCUUUGACAACGACAUCAUGCUGCUCAAAGUAAGCUGACACAAUGGACAGUAGCUUUGGUUUUCCUGUACUCCCUCUCUGUAUAUUAUCUAUUGGUCUCAUUAAUUGAUUGAUUCAUUUGUUCAUUAAUUUAUCCAUUCAUGCCCUCUCCCUUCCUCUCCCCCCCCCCCCCCCCCCCCUCCCUCCCUCCCUCCCCCUCUCUCUUUCUCUCUCCCUCUCUCUCUCUCUACCCCCUCUAUCCCUCCAUCAGCUGGAGAGGCCCGCAACUCUCAACGCCAAAAUCCAGCCCGCCAUCCUGCCCAGAGUGGACAUGCCCCCGUUGCAGCAGGGAAUGACCUGUACGGUAAGCGGCUGGGGGGUCACCAAUAUCUUCAGCUACUACCUGUCUCCCGUGCUCCAAGCUGUGGAUGUUGACGUCAUCACCAACUGCCAGUACUACUACUACUUCAGGAUUACAGACAACAUGCUCUGUGCCGGCUCUCGCGUCGGAGGGAAGGACUCCUGUCAGGUGAGAGAGGAGAAAAGAUCUGAGGCUCUAUUUCAGUGUCCAUAAUCCACACUACCAUACUACUUCGAAUUAAGUAAUGUAUCGGGUAUACAUUCUAAGUAGAACGCUAGUAUGGAGAUUGGAAUGUGUAGCCUGUGUCUGAAUGUCAGACUGUACUGUAUGUCUUGUGACGUAUGCAGACCUGGGUUCAAAUACUAUUUAAGGUAUUUCAAUUAUUAAGUAGUUGAAUAUUGGAAUGUAUUUGAAAAUACAUUUGGAAAGUAUUUGAAAAUACUCAAAUACACUGACUUAAAUAAACUCCCAUGCAAUUAACACAGGUAUUUGAAAUUAGUAUUAAAAAAAAAAACAUUUAAAAAGUUAUCAUUUUUAGAUAAAACUAUACUAAAUAUAUUCACGUCACUAAAUCAUUUAUUAAAACACACUGUUUUGCAAUGAAGGUCUACAGUAGCCUCAGCAGCACUCUGUAGGGUAGCAACAUGGUGUAGCCGGAGGACAGCUAGCUUCCGUCCUCCUCUGGGUACAUUGACUUUAAUACAAAACCUAGGAGGCUCAUGGUUCUCACCCCCUUCCAUAGACUUACACAGUAAUUAUGACAACUUCCGGAGGACGUCCUCCAACCUAUCAGAUCUCUUGCAGCAUGAACUGACAUGUUGUCCACCCAAUCAAAGGAUCAGAGAAUGAAUUUAGUACUGAAAGCAUAAGUUACAGCUAGCUAGCACUGCAGUGCAUAAAAUGUGCAAGAGAGAGAGCUAGCUAUAUUUCAUAGUAUAUAUUUUUUUACACUUUCACUUAGCUAGCAUCAAUGUAGCUAGCUAGUUUAGCCUACUCAAAGAGCUUAAACAGAAAGGGAUAAUAUGUUAGCUAGCUGGCUAUGGCUAUCCAACACUGGAACUCUUCAAAGUCAAGGUAAGCUUUUGCUGCCGGUGUAACUGCAAAACUGCUUUCUGACUGUACUGCAUGAUUGUAGCUAGCGGGUUUAUUACCGCGUUAGUUCUAGUAGCUAUGUUGACUAUGAGGUGACUAAUGAUUACACCCUAGACCAGCUAGACGCAGGCAAGAGUGUGCAAAGUGGUAUUGAAUGGGUCACUGUCUGUCACCUUGAUUCCUCAUAAUUCUCUCGACCUGUGCACUUAUGUUGUAAACUUUCAUUCAUAGGCUAGGUUGUAGCAACCUCAUGAUGGGUACAGGGAAAAUAUGAGUAUCAUGUAGUAGCCUGAACCUAUCUAUGUUACACUGAACUGGGUGAAUGGAAUAUGAAUGACAGUCAUCCAAUAUGCUGUUAUAGAAAUAAGGCCAUGUUCAUGUUUCUCCCUCGUCUUAAACAGCACCGACCGCCACUAUCUACUAACCCUUAUUCUAACCCUAACCUUAGCAAUUAGUUGCUUAUCAACAGAUAGUUUGUUGAUAGUAUGACCAUCUGUAGAGCAUCUACAGAGGAAAAUCCAGACUAUCCAAAUAAAAAGUGUGACCAUUCAUAUUUAUAUAAAAACUACACGUAUUUGAACCCAGGUCUGGACAUUUGUUGUGAUAUGCGUAUGCCAAGUAAAUCUGUAUGGCAAGCACAUUUCUUGAUGGGAUAUUAAAGUAUUCAAUUCUAUUCUAACAGGGUGACUCAGGCGGCCCUCUGAUCUGUAACGGGCACUUUGAGGGCAUCGUGUCCUGGGGCAUCAGCUGUGCCAACCCCUAUUUCCCUGGUGUUUACACCAAGGUCAGUAAGUACAUCAGCUGGAUCAAGUGGAUCACGCAGAACGACAGCUAG